UGAUCAUUCUAAUGGUAUUUCUGAUAAUAAUUUUAAUAAUAAAUCUGAUAAUGUUUCAAGUGAUAGUUCUAAUAGCAAUUUUGAUAAUAUUUCUGAUAAUAAUUCUAAUAGUAAUUUUGAUAGUAUUUUUAAUGAUAGUUCUAAUAGCAGUUUAAUAAUAUUUUUGGUG